AUGGAUGGAUCUGAAGCGAGCAUACGGCACAUGGAGACGACCGCGAGCGGGGCCAUGGAGGACGGCGAAAAGGCGGCGUUGAACACGAGCUCGGAGCCCAGUCGCAACCCCUUUCGCCAGUCUCUGUCUACCGAGCCUCACUUGAUGCCCUCUCCUCCGGCGGACUCGACGCUAAACUCCGAUAUCGCAAAUACCAUUGCGGCGGAGGAGACUGACGACCAUGCCAAGAGCGCCACAGCGGUCGCGGGCCACGCCCAGGCACACUCUUGUCCGGCCGUGUAUACCACAGAGGCUAUGCAGGAACCAGGCGAAGUAGCACAGCCCUCCUCGAUCCAGGGGCACACUACAACCACGCCCACGACCUCGGACUUCAUUGUCGAACGCAGCCAGGUCGACAUUCCUGCCACCGUGCCCACCACCUCUGUGUCUGCCGUCAACAUCCCCGCCGAACCCGAAAAGAUGCACUAUCUCGACGUCCAGGGAGGCUCCAGCAACACGCCGUCCGACGUGGACUUUACAAGCUCCAUUCGAAACUCGAUCCAUUCCUUCACAUCGUUCCAACCCAACCCCGCAAACAGAGCCAGCUAUAUUGGAGACGGCCAUGUGGAGGAGCUGGGUCUGCCAGAGGCUGGCAAUUCAGACAGUGCCCUGGCUCCCCUGACAGUCAGGUCACCAGUCAGAUCGCCUAUCCUGAAGUCUGCUUCUCCUCCUCCUCAGAAUAUCAUCCCAGCACCGCUCACCUUCAACCCACCAAAGGACAAUAUCACGUUCCAGGUCAAGGUCAUCAAGUGGAGAACACCAGCCAACUACCUGGUCAAAACACCCAUCAUCCUCCAGGACGAAAACGGCCCGUGUCCCUUCAUCGCACUGGUCAACACCCUCGUUUUCACCGAGGCCAUGUCUCCCAUCCCUCCAGGCCCCGGAAGACCACUUUCUGCUCUUUUGGAGAACAAAGAGAUGGUGAGCAAAAACCUGCUACUGGAUCAUCUCGGACAGUGGCUCCUCAGUAUCGGCAGCCGCCAAAGCGGACCUCAUAUCAACCCAGACGAUCUCAACACCUGUCUACGACUUUUGCCAGAACUAUACUCCGGUCUCAACAUCAACCCUCGGUUCGACGGCACGUUUGAAGAAGGGCCCGAGCUGGCUCUCUUCAGAGCCUUUGAGGUGGAUGUAGUGCAUGGAUGGAUCGCAGACCCCAAGGAGCCGUACCAUGACGAUGUAAUGGAGGUGGGAUCAUACGAUGCAGCCCAACUAUUACAGAUCGAGGUUACCGAAGACGGAAAGAUGAAACAAAGGGAACGAGAGGUACUGCAUCGACAACUGGCAGCCACGUUCGACUUCAUGGACGAGAACCCCUCACAGCUGACCACCUACGGUAUCCGGUACAUUGAGGAGAUCCUGGUUCCUGGUUCUGUGUGUGUCUUCUUCAGGAACAACCACUUUGCCACUCUGUACAAACAGCCAACCUCAGGGCGUCUCUUUAGUCUCGUGACAGACAGAGAGCUGUGUGGACGGAACGGAAUUGUGUGGAUUUCGCUGGAGGGAACUUCGGGAACAGACGAUACCUUUUACACCGGAGGCUUUGAUUUGGUACAAAUGAUGACAGACCAGGAACAGGAAGAGUCGAGAAGAAGAGCCCACCAAACAGUCGAGGCCACCAACGACUUCCAUCUCGCCAAGCAGAUCCAGGAGCAGGACGACGCCGAGUACGCCAGACAGAUUCAGGAAGAAGACCAACAGCGUCGACGACCCCAGCAGACAACCACUAGCACGGCAGGUACGACUGCUCGACGACAGCAGCAGCAGACCCGAAGCGGCAAGGCCACUAAAAGCAGACCCGAUAAGACCAAAGGAAAAAAAUCCAAAGAUGGCAAGGAUAAAAAGUGUGUCGUGAUGUGA